AUGUCUUCAGGUGGUUUUUCGCUCUCCCGUAUAAUUAUUAAAUGUAGGUAGGGGGCACAAAUUGUACAUUGGCGGAUUAUCGGCUUCUGUCGAAAAGGAGGACUUGAUGCGCGAGCUUGGAAAAUUUGGAGCCAUAGGUGAUGUUUGGCUCGCUCGCAACCCACCUGGAUUUGCGUUUGUCGAAUUCGAAAAAGCUGCUGACGCCGAAAAAGCUGUUCGGGCCCUAGACGGAAUAACAGUCUGCGACUCAAGGCUGCGUGUAGAAUUCGCCCACGCCAAACCUAGGCCUGGUAAGUUUCCUGUCGUAGCACGCCGUGGAUGACAAAGCACCGGCAGGAUUAGAUUUUGCCAUUUGAAACCCAAAUUUACUUGCGCCGUGGCUCGUAGUCCUACUCUGCGGCACACUAAGUGGACUAGGGUUAGGCCUCCAGGUGAUAUGCCAUUAACUUCCUUUAACCAUCAUCCCCGUGGUGUUGGUCGCAUAACUGGUUGCUGUCUCCUUUCAUCUUGCCUCGUGUCCGUCAACUUCCAUUGGAGGUGGGGGUGUUCCGCGUGCUCCGGAUACGCGUCGUCCUGCCACUUCGGACUCGCGAAACGGUCGCAGCUCCUCCCAGCGUCGGUAUAGUUCUCCACGCAGGCGUACAAAGUCGCCUCCGCGCAACGGCCACCUCGAUCCUCCGCGUUAUCCUUACGGCCAACUAGCCUCCCUCUACACUCCUGACGUGGCAAGUGCAGCCGCUGCUGCGGCUGCGGCGGCCGGCUUUCCCUAUCAGAUCCCCGGCUACCCGCCUGUGUUUCCGUUCAUUCCCCCCGAGGAAAUUCUCAGAGGAUUGCAAGGACAUCGUCGGCGGUCACCAGUUUUGCACAGAGAUGCUUCACCCGACUAUCGCCGCAGGUAAUCACAUCCCUCUGCCCAUUUCCACGUUACUGCGCCUCGUUGUGGGAUUUUUCGCCGCAUCCACCGACAGACCGUCAUUAUUCUUCCGCGGACUGCACCAUGUGGCCAGGCGUUUUCUUCCAACGUGAAUUCAGCCCUUGGACCCCUGAUGCUGCUAAAAGCUUCCACCCUUCCUAGCACGACGUAGAACGUGCAGCUGCAUCCGCUAAUCACACCCUCAUCUUGAUUCAACCGUACUACAUGCCGCAAGCUGGCAGUGUGUAGCUCUUUUUGUUACUACCUGGUUCUUCCCCAGGACGUCAGCGACAUCAUGCAUGUUAGACGUUUACGGAUCGGAUAUAGCCUCUCACCCACAGUCGACCAUCGUUUGGUACUAGUAUGCGCCCACCCGCUUAACCCACUUUUACUUUAUCGGGCUUUGAUUCUUCGUUUAACGCGAGAUAUCAACACAGAAGUGGCCUGUUAAUUCGUAGUUUACACUUGAGCUUUUGCUUUUGCUCUGUACUAAUGCAGAAGUCGAAGUCCCGUGGACAGGACAGCAAGUCGGACCAGGGGCGGUCGCGACUCAUUUCCUUAUGAUGUUUACGACCGUCGGGACUACAGCCGAGGUGGUCGCUCUCAGCCUCGGGGACGUGUAUCCCCCGUUCGUCGAGGAGUCUCCCCCAGUGACCGCCGCCAUGACGUGGAACGUCCAAGAAGUUCCAGGGAUGACAGAAGAAGACGAUAAGAAAACGGUCUUGGCACGCACACGUCGUUUUAAAAGACCUCCGUCGCAUUUUACACAUUUCUUCUCAAAUAAAUCUUCCUACGCAAAUUUGAAGUGCAAACCCUCUUUUCCCUGGUCAAACUGCUCAUCAGCCUAUAAUAAGUGUGUCGAUCGCCUCAUCGGACCCACGUGGACUGCUGCAGUUAACCUAACGUUAUUCUUGUUUAUCUGUUUGCUGUGCACUGCGUGCGUCCGCUGUCCUGCAUGGUUUAAACUGAGGCCUGGUAAUCUCAGUCUUCCGGUCCUUCACAGUAUGCUGCUCUGACCUCUCCCCCGAAGGGUGAAACAUCUAGGCGCCAAACCGCCCGCAACCUUGCACACAUACUGGGCCUGUUUCAGUGUCUGCGAGGACGGCUUUACCGACGCACAUCAGCGUCGGUCUGGGCCUCCCAGUUUCUCCAGGCCAAACAACUCGCAAACAAAGACUACAUUCGUCCACGUGGACCUUGCCUCGUUCCGUUCGGUCUUCUGUGUACUUCUCUUACAGGUCUUCCGUCAGUCUACUGCGCAUUUCACUUCACGCUGGUCACUCCGCACUCAUCUUAGUCUCAACUAGCUUGCUUCAGCCCCCCUGUGGCAUGAUUCUUGCCGCAAGAACCUCGCGUCACAACCGUUUCACGAGCUGAUAAACCGCUUCCUACUUUAACACUACCGCUAUGGCUUCCGUGGAAUAUAGGGACGCCCUCCAUCCCUGCUGUCGGAUUUUGUCUGUUGGAACUAUUUCUGGUCCGGCUGGAGGGCAUUGGUGUUGCUGGCUCAUAUCCCCGUCUUCUCGCGUUCUGUGAUCUAAAUCCUCCGACUCAUCCCACUCGACAUAAGCCUUUGUGUCAACUAGCCGGCGUCUUGUCCACUCGGUGUCAGUCUUCACCGGGAGCGCGGUUAUCGGCUAGCACCACCGUCCUGACGUGUCACUAGUAGGGUAUAGCUGCCUUAUGCGCGUCUAGACCUUGUGCCGUAGGCCAUUUUAGUGAAUCUGCUCCUGGGUGUUCGGCUAACAGCCCGCUAAGAGCGAAAAAAGCCAUUGCUGCGGACUGCGCGCUGCGACCAAUGACCGUACUUCAACCUCGUCAGGCACGUCGUCGGAGUGAACAGCUAUGAUUUUAGCCACUAUCUCCGUGUUCCGCCCUUCCAGCCGUCUACCCACUGGGACGCCGCUCUACCGGUGGUUCUGGGUGACCGCCCGCCGCCGCUGUGGCGCCGUACUAUAUACUUCAAUCGACUGCACUCACGGACGAUUGCCAUACUCUACGCCAUCUUUCGGCGUGAUGUGCCGGCGUCAGCUCCCCGGUUUACCUCUGGCCAGGGUUUCGUUUAUUGGAAAAAAUUCUGCAAUCGUAAUUCGGAUGGAUUUUGGAACUGCUGAUCUACUACUCGCUUUCAUCCUUUGUUUUCUGGGCAAAAAAUUAAUUAUCAGGUGGUUGUUAUUAGACAGGGCUUAGACGCCAUAGCUUUCCACCACUCCUAACCACGAUCAUAAGUGCACGGGUUUAAUGGCUUUAUUGACUGAUGCCACCAUGUGAAGACCUAUUUUGGUCGGCUGGUGCGCGUCUAGGCGUUUGCGAAACAACGAUACUGACUUGGAGGGAUUUCUGGUUAUGUGUACUUGUUUUACCUGACAAACCAGGAUUUUCUUCAUCAGUCUCCUCUCUGUAUCUUUUAGUAGACAGAGCGUAG